GAUAGAUAGAUAGAUAGAUAGAUAGAUUUGUUACAAUCUACUAUUCUAUUAUUUCACUUUUAAAAAUUUAAAUAUUUUUAUGGAAUUUAAAUACCUUUCUAUAGCCUUUUAUUUUAUUCUUUUCUGCUGCUAAUGUCUUUAAUUGUAUGUUUUAGCCCUUUUUUUUUUUUUUUUUUUUUUUAUAUAUAUAUUAAAGUAAAUGCCUUGCUUUCCAAAUGAUGAUGUUGAGUUUGUGCCUUAUACUGGAACUCCGAGGGUCUUUCCGAGUGUUUAUUUUCAUACUGUAAUUUAUGUUCCCUUUGCAUAAACCUCAAAAUAAACAGUACUGUGUACUUCCUGUUCGUUAUUCGGUUUUCUUUCCUUUCCCCUCUAAUUGUGAAGAUCCAUUUUUUUUGUAGCUCUGAUCUCCCACCUUUCCUCCGGGCCCUUGCUGUAAUCUAGCGCGCGGCUCUUUCAUCGCUCUCCUGGAUCGCUUUAACAAGAUUACACCCUAUCAGAUCUCCCACCUCGGUCGCCGUCCCCCCGGCCCGCACCUUCCCCGGCGAAGCCUCCCCGGUUCCUUUCUCCUCUACCUUCUUUGAUGCCCAUCGGUCGUUCGGCUUUGAGCUCCCCAGAUGGAGCAAAUAUGGGCCCUGGCGGCCCUCCGUAAGGUCCUGAGCCCUUAAUUCCAGCUUAGUCGCAAAAGGCCAGCGCUUGCUUUCUGGUUUUGGGUAUCACAGGAGAAGACAGGCAAGUGGUUUUGUGCCUCAUUUCUGAAGGGCAUGGGGGUGUUUGAAGGAUAAGAGGGCCUUGCUGUAAUAGAUACUUAUCUGACUGCCCCGCAGUCCUCAAACACGCUGCUCCUCUGAAGAGAUUAGAACCCAGGGAGGGCACAUUAGCUCUAAUCCCGUGCUUUGAGGGCUCUGCCCCACCCCGCGCUCCACUUAUUCUUGCCCCUUCUGUUGCAGGGGGAUACCUUGUAUCUGGCCCAUGUGUAAGGGGAGCCUGUGGCUACACGGGAGGGGGGUCGGAGGGUGUGUGUGUGUCUGUGUUUGCGGGGGGGAGGCCGCUGAAAAGCCCGGAGAGGCCUCCACUGCUGUGUAACUGAUUCCCGGCUCUCUGAAGAGAUUAGGCGCUACAUUGUUGGUUUGGUUGCUCAUUUCCAUCUGAGGGCCGCUCCCCCUGCGGUUAGGGGCCGCCGUCGUGCCGGGGAGGGGGAACUGAAACCAGCGGCUCAAGGCCUCCAGCUUCCUUGUAGUCUUUGUUUUACAAAUGACCCAAAAUGUAGAUGUCAUGUCACAGAUGCCUUACAAGCACACCGGGUAUUGAUUGUGAGGAGAAAACAGUGCAUUUGUUAAGCGCUUCGUGAGAGUCUCAAUGCUGGCUGUUACUCUGAGUUUCUGAUCACAGACGAACAAUAAUACCUUUUAUAUAUCCAUCAGUUCUCAUUCUGUCUAUCCACCUGACUGUAUGUCUAUCACACAUUUCUAUCUGUCAUUUAUCUAUCUUUAUCUAUCUAUCUCAUAAUUUUUUAAUCAUCUAUCAUCACAUCAUUUAUCAGACGCAUAUCUCUAUCAUCACUUUUUGCAUCAUCACAUUUGUCUAUCAAAACCAAUGUCUAUCUAUAUAAUCACUUUUUUGUCUAUUUCUCUCUAUCAUCACUUAUCAAACGUGCAUCUAUCAUAGGCAUAUCUCUUUUUAUCCAUCAAACGCGUUUAUCUAUCUAUAUCAUCAUUUUAUCUAUAUCUCUCUGUCAUCAUAUCUAUCAUAACAUUAUCUAUUAAACGUGUAUCUAUCAUCACUUUUUUUGCCUAUCAUCACAUUUUAUCUAUCAAACGCAUAUCUAUAUAUAUUUAUCAUCACUUUUUAUCUAUAUCUCGUCACUCUAUCUAUCUAUCUAUCUAUCUAUCUAUCUAUCUAUCUAUCUAUCUAUCUAGCUCAUUUGAUCUAUCAAACACUUAUCUAUCAUAAAAUUUUAUCAAACGCGUAUCUAUCUGUGUAUCAUCUCCUCUAUCAAGCACAUAUCUAUCCUGACAUUUCAUCUAUCUAUCUAUCUAUCUAUCUAUCUAUCUAUCUAUCUAUCUAUCUGUCUAUCUAUCUGUGUAUCAUCUCUAUCAAGCACAUAUCUAUCCUGACAUUUUAUCUAUCUAUCUAUCUAUCUAUCUAUCUAUCUAUCUAUCUAUCUAUCUAUCUAUCUAUCUAUCACAUUUUAGAUUUGCCUAUACAUAAGUUUGUGUCCCUUUUGUUGUUACUGCCUUGUUCUGUACUUUUUUGUGUGUGUGUUUUUUUAGCAGCAUCCCACUCUUUCGUUUCCGACAGCAGAACACGCAGGAGUCCGGAUGCCGUACGGACCGUAUUCUCAAACACGCACAAGGAUGCUAAUGCAGAUGGGCCCCAAUCUACAGCACAAACUCCAACCACCACGCCGCCUGUCACAGGCUAACGAACACCACCUGUCACUCACCCCAUGUGGGGGCUGUCAAUCAAAUCGCACCCAAUAAAGAAAGAGGAGUGGGCGGGCCCGGUCCAGACCCCUAACAAAGGCAUCCUCCCAUUGUAAACGUGUUUCGAGACGAUUGAAGACUCCGGCUGACCCUGACGUGUUGAAGCAACGCUAAGCCGGUAAGCACCGGCACCUUUUUUCUCUGAUCCUGCAGUUGUUGGUUUGCAUCGAUUAAUCUGGUUGAUCUGUUUGGUUAACCGCGACCCAAACCAAGAGGAUUUUUCGACGCGAGGAGUUCCAGUGGAGCGAAACAAAAUUGAAUUAAGCUCUCGGGAGAAAUCUCCACUCACGCCGAUCUUGAUUUCUCCGCGGUGAAAGACUGGGAAAAGCUCAUCUCUUAUCUGAAGUAUGUCGGCCUGGUAUCUCGCGCCGUUCUCCUCUCGGCAAAUGACUGACAUCCCGCGAGCAAACAGUCUUAACCGGACCUGUCAGAACACGAGCGCACCUGCAUUGUGUGCGAGAAGAGAGGAAAGAGAGGAGAAAGCCGAGUGCGCGAGGAACACAAUAAUCACAGCCCUGAGCUGCUUAUCUCCAGAGAUGCAGCAUAAGCUUUGCUCUUUGCUCUCCGUUUUCGACCAUUGUGCUAGUUGAGUAAAUUUGCUCGAGGCCCGAGGGGAUCUGAACCCCACCCCGCUUCCAAACUUAUCUCAGUUCGUCUGUCAGCCCUCCGAAUGUCUCGCGCCUUCGCACAACACUCGCCUUGCAAAACCUUAAUAAACACUUCCAAAUAAAAGGCCAACCUUUGGGAAAGAUCAAGGUGAGCGACGCCACUUUCCGUCGGAUAUGCCCUACCGAAAUGCGACUGAACUUCAUUCUGAGACUCUGUGGCAGUUUUAGGAAACAAUGCAUGCCGGCACUGUUUACUAGAUAACAGAUUAAAGAGCCAGUUUCAACAAAAAAACUUGUAUUUCCAAUGUCGGAGAGCCUGCGCCCCCCUGCUAUGGGGUUGUUUGCUGUGCUUUUCUUUCCAGGGCAUUGGUAUGUAUGUUUAGGAAUUCUAAUCUUAUCUGAGUAUCUCCCUACAUUAACAUCUGUUAUGCUGCAAUUACCAUAUACAUUAGUCGACACCUGUUUCGCUUAAACCUAUUUAAUUACGCCAAUUGUACCGGUUUGUUGUGGGCAAAAGCAAAGUCAUCCCCUUUUUAAAAGAGGUUUGAUGUUCCGUCACAAUAAAGGCACAUAAUUCAUAGUCCAGGGUCGUUUUGGAACCGAAAGACGAAAAAAUAAUAAUAAUAAUAAGCGUUUAUUAACGCGCGACGUGCACGGAAUUAUAAUAAAAAUAUUUCGCUUUUGGUUGAUUUGAUUUAAAAUAAAUAAAUAAGCGCGUAUUAGCAAGAUUGUAUAACGCGUUGACGUUAUUGCAUUCAGAUUUUUCAUAAAUAAAGCACGCGAUAUAUUAAUAACGUUAACGAAAGGGUUAUUUAACAACGCUUUGAGAAAUUAAAAUAGGCUAACGCAUAAUCUCAAAUGCAAAUUUCAUUAACGAAAGCGAAUCUGUUUUUAUACUGAUGAAUAAAACGUGCGACCGAGUCUGCAACAGUUGGGUGUUUUGUUUUACGUUAAAUCUAAUGCAAAUCAAAUCCAAAUCGGUGUUAAUUAGUUAAAACCGCAACACGAAGGAAGGGUUUUUCUUACUUUUACCAAAAGCAUCAGACACGCAUUGCACCGUGUUGCUAAUCAAAUUCUGAUAAUGGCUCGUCGUGUCGUGUCUUGUAUCGGUUUGCUCAGACAAAAAGAUGAAACGGUCUCGGCAAGAUGGAAAAAAGUUUAUUCCGAGUCGUUAAUGUGCGACGUUUGUAGGUGUUCCGAUGGCUUUCAAUCGCUUUUCUCGGCUGAGGAUAAUUCAAUUCAAUUUAAGGCUUUACGAGCGAUCGGAUGAAGUAAAAACUGUGAAAACAAAACCAAAAAAAUAUUAAACGCAAAAUGUCAUUUCACGUGCGCAAACACCAUUAAAAUAUUUUUAAACGCGCCUGAUAUUUAGGCUGUCCUUUUUUAUUUCUAAAUGCAUCUUAUUUUCAUGCUUUUUGUAGUUUUGUAUGAAAGUGUUUUAGAUCGUGCAAUCGUUUAGGAGCAUUUGCCAAAAAAAAAUGCGAAUUUCAAAUGAAGCUCUACUAUUUUCCCUCUUCGGUGCGGAUAAGCGCGAGAUAAGCAUCAUGAGUUUAAAGACUUUUAGAGGCCGUUAAAAGGAACAACCGAAAUUCUCCUUUGAAGGGAUUUAGCCCCGGCGAAAGACUUUGGAUCGGAGCCGUCAAUCAACCGCGGCAGCCCCGCCCACCGACGCGGCUCCGCCUAUAAAGAGCGCCCGUGAACUCGAGGGAGUGUCAUUCAAACAUCAGAGCUCAGGGAGUAAGGAUGCCUGCUUCGCCAACGGGGUUUGGAAACUUCUUCAUGGACAGAAACAUCAACAUGCCCGCUGGAUAUCAAUUAUUGGGUUGCACGCCCGGAAUGCAACAGCCGCCGCCACAUCUCGUGGGAAUGGCUGGGGUUCCCUUACCUUUCUCAGGAAUACCGGGGUACAGUUUCAUCCCUUAUCCUCAUCCAGGACACAUCGCGCACAUUAGCAAUUCCUACGACCUCAAGGCUGCGUCUCCGUAUCACCAAGCCCUCCUCGGGCGCGGAGGACCCUAUUACGCCCCGUAUCGUCCCAUGCCAGCCGACGACCCGAGCAGGGUCACCAAAGUGGCCACCAGAGAGAGCACCAGCGCCCUGAAGGCCUGGCUCAGCGAGCACCUCAAAAACCCGUAUCCCACCAAAGGCGAGAAGAUCAUGCUCGCCAUCGUCACCAAGAUGAGCCUCACGCAGGUGUCGACGUGGUUCGCCAACGCGCGCCGCCGCCUCAAGAAAGAGAACCGGGUCAGCUGGGCCUCCAAAGGAAAGUCCGACGAGGAGGAUGAGGAAGAGGAGGGCGAGAGCGAGGAGGAGGGGUCUUUGAGGAAAUGCACGGAGGACGAGGACGAGAUCGAUCCUCAGACGGUGGAUGAGGAGGAGGAGGAGGAGGAGGAAGACCGUUUAGCGGAAGGACUCGAUCAGCAAAAGGAAAGCGACAGGUCCGACGCGUCGCGCGAAGGGAAAAAGGAGGCGUGCAAACAAAACGCCGACGUCCAGAAACCCAAGAUCUGGUCCCUCGCGGAAACCGCCACUUCAGACGUCGCCAAGAAACCCUGCGACCCGAAACACCUCCACAGCCCAGACUUCGGGAAGUGGUGGGCCGGGUGGCCUUCGAGGGACUCCUACUCGCCCGUGAACCUCUCCACGCACGACCUGCUCAAACAGAGUCAAUGAAAGCGUUCUUCCGAGACGCUGUAGACUGAAUUUUGCACUUUGAAGCCCGUUGGGAACGUUUCGUCGCGGAAGUUUGCGUACAAGUUUAAUCCAAAGGAUGCGUGUUGUGUAAAUAUUGUACAGAUAUUUUGUUUAAAUUAUAAAUGCAUUUACCUGCUGACAUAUUUUUGCUAAAAUAAAACGGUGAAAAAUUGAAAA